AUGCUUGAUGAACUUUCUAAACACGGAUUGAUUCAUCAAGUGGCAUAUCUUAUAGACCUGAUCAACCAUACCACUCUAUCUUAUUUUGUUCAUACUGGUUUAAUUGGACUACUUGUUAAACUUGCUUCUGGUUCUAUGGUGGUUGUGAAGACACUUUUUGAUCUUAAUAUAAGUAGCAUUUUGAAAGAGAUCUUUUCAAUAUAUGACCUUUCACAUGGAGUCCCUUCCCCUCGAACAAUUGAUGGACAUUAUAAUCAAAUGCAUGAAGUUUUGAAGUUGUUGAUUCAGCUUCUACCCGUUGUAUCCAGAAAUCAAGAAGUUCCAUUAGAUGCAGAAAAAGAAGCUUUCUUGGUGACACAUCCUGAUCUUGUAGAGAAAUUUGGGAAUGAUUUAUUACAUGUCUUGAUCCAGGUUGUUGAUUCUGGGGUGGAUUUAUAUAUCUGUUAUGGGUGUCUAUCUGUUGUUGACAAGUUACUUUAUUACAGUAACUCUGAUAUGCUUAUUGAUUUGCUUAAAAGCACCAACAUUUCAAGGGGACGUGUUGUAUACAGGAGAAGCAUGAAGAAUCCAAAGUGGCAAUCUUAUGAAAAUAUAGCAUUAUUGGGUGCAAUACAAUCUUUAUUCGAGGGUUCAAUGUACACUUUUGUGUUUCUAUGGACACCUGCUUUAAGCCCAAAUGGUGAAGACAUUCCACAUGGUUUCAUUUUUGCUACUUUCAUGUUAUCUUCCAUGUUAGGAAGCUCUUUAGCUUCUCGGUUAUUAGCACACACACUGACAUACAUUGAUAUUGUGUUGUGUUGUGUUCACACACUGUUAAAAGGAUUGGAAAAGAUAAUUGCAAGUGCAGAUAUUCCAAUGUUCGUCUGUGGUGACUUCAUUUCAGUUCCAGGAAGGUUGAUCUCUAGGGCCUGCUAGAAGGAUUGGAUAUUGCAGUUAAGCAUCUAUCUAAGACUUCACAACAAGGACUUGAGGAAUAUAAGUUAGCAAUGUUUUACUUGAUUUGGACAUGAACAAGACUCAAGCAAAAGAAAGACUCAUACUUUGGCAUGGCUAGAAGCUUUGGAGGAAACAAGACUCAAGCAAAAGCAAACACACAGAGAGUUGUUAGCACAUAGUAAGCUAGAUAAUGUGAUUGUAUAUAAAUUCUACAUCUCUUGAGUUCAUUUCCUUUAUUACAAUUACUCAAUAUUGGAACAAUUAUUUGUAUUUGACAUAUUAGUGAAAUGAAUUAUCUUUGUUAUUUAUGGUA